AUGAAGUUGCAGUUAGACAGCGGCGUGCUGCUCGGAGCGCUGCUCUGCGCUGCUCGUCAUGCGCUGGCACAGGACACUCAGCCGUCGGGACCGACGAUGCCCAACAUUGUGUCAAACUGCAACGCAUUCCACACGGUCAAGGAAGGUUCGGGCGACUCGUGCUAUACAAUCUCGCAAAAGUACAAGAUUUCUCUCGACAACUUCUACAAGUGGAAUCCCGACGUCAAGGAUGACUGCGCUACCAACUUUUGGGUCGGCUACUCGUACUGCGUGGGCGUGGGCGCCAAGCCCACGUCGACCAAGACGACAACCACCACGACAACAUCGUCGAGCACCAAGACCACCCCGACCACCUCUUCGUCUUCUUCGCCAACGUCGGAAACCUCGUCCACCAACACGGAUCCGUACUCGACUCGCUACCCUGUGACUAGUUGGAAAGUCACGGCCACAUCUGUCGAGAACACCUUUCCGCCGCAGAGAACCCAGCCUGGCCAGCCUGCCGACUGCGAUGACUGGUAUCUGCCGUCAGCUGGCGACAGCUGCGAGCGUGUCCUGGCCGCACACUCCUGGUUGACGAGACAAAACCUACUGAGCUGGAAUCCAGUUCUAGGAGAGGAUUGCACUGGCUUGUUCGACGGCUGGUGGAUCUGCGUUAGCAUCAGAACGCGAAACGUCACCGUUAGCUUCAGCUGGACAACAACAGAUGCCCCAGCAACUGUGCCAACGCUGACUGGAUCUUACACUCCGUCGACACUACCACCUGUCAACAGCAGCUUUGUUGCAUCACCCACAAUGAACGGCGUUAUCAGUGGAUGUAAAGACUGGUAUCAAGCCCAAGCAGGCGAUACAUGUCGCAAAAUUGUCGAUGGCAACAUCCUGACCCAGGAAGACUUCUUCAAGAUGAACCCUGAUCUUGAUGGCAACUGCGACGGGUUGUGGGCAAACUACUGGUAUUGCAUCGUCGGGCCCGACGGCGUCACCGCCAUGCCCUCGACCGUUUCCACGCGUCCCACGAGCGUGCCCGGCGGGCAGGACGGCACCUGCAAGCACUGGUACCAGCGCGAUGGUGAGUCCUGCGACGAUAUUGCCGCCAUGUUUGACGUCUUCUCCCGCGACGACUUUGUCAAGUGGAACCCAAGCGUCGGCAAGGACUGCGACGCCAUGACCGACGGCGCGUGGUACUGCGUUGGUGUACCCGGCACGCCGACGACUCGUACCAGGCCCAUUCCGACGACAUUUACGCCUGACCCUUCCACGACAAAGAGCGGUUCCGCAACCACGACUGGCCAGAGCACGACGUCGCCCAGCAAAACGCCGACGUCUACGACAUCGACACCAACUACGACAUCAGGGGGCGGUGAGAUUGCCACGCCGUCGCCAACACGAGAUGGCAUGGUCGCUGCAUGCCACAGAUUCUAUCGCGCCCAGUCUGGAGACGGCUGCUGGUCUAUUGCGAAUGCGGCAAAAAUUGAAUUGGACAACUUUUAUGCCUGGAACCCGGCAGUUGCAACAGACUGUAGCGGCCUUUGGCUGAACUACUACUACUGCAUUGGCAUCAGCGGUCCAGUGACAACAAUUUCUAGUGGCGCUCCUAUUCCCACGUAG